GUAUGUCGACCCCCGCCCCCAAAAUUUCCUUUCACUCUGAAGCUUCGCUAACAAACCCGUGUCCAACAGCCAUCUGGCUUAGAUCAAGUGUAGUAUCUGUUCUUUUCAGUUUAACAGCUGAAAUCCGAUCAUGUAUCGGUUCAAAUGUUGACCUUAUUUUUGUUGCUCGGGCCCUGGCCGCUGUGCGUGCGCAUGUCGAGGCCCACUGUGUCGCUGGUAUUUCACUGCCUCCAGUUGAUGCGAACGUAUUAUCUUCGUUCAUCGUUGCUCUGGCUGUAUGCGAGGGCACGAGGAAAGAACUAUGCGACAGUGGGCGGUAGGGAUGGUCUUACCGCCACGGUGCUGGUGGAAGCUUUGGUAUAUUUGCACAUAGGAGAUGUCACUAGAAAUAAAUACCAAAGUACCUACAUACCUAGGUAAUGAUGAGCUGGAAGAUCAUUUGAAUAUACCCAUUUCACAUUUCGCUUGCGCUGUUGAGGUGCUUCUGUCCUCGGAGUUGAUCCGUCUGUGAUCCGCCAUCGUGGAGACUGGCAUAAAAGAGGGGGAAUUCCGGGUGAGUCACACUACGGUAUGUACAGGGAUGCGCAGUGAUAUCCUAUGUUGGUGCGAGCUGUUUCUGGGUCGGGGAAGCUUCGCUGGAUUUCGAG